UGCCCGGCCGCUCGUAGCUGCGGCGGCGGCGGCGGGGGGGAUCCCCGGGAAUCGGACUCGGGACGGCCUUUCCGUCCUUGCCAGAUUCCCCAGCGACGAGCAUGGCGAGCCGCUUGCCGCCCUGCGUCGUAGACACCGGCACCGGGUACACAAAGCUGGGUUACGCUGGAAAUACCGAACCACAAUUUAUUAUCCCAUCAUGCAUUGCAAUAAGAGAAUCGGCCAAAGUGGGUGACCAGGCACAGAGAAGACUGGCCCAAGGCGUGGAUGACCUAGAUUUUUUCAUUGGAGAUGAAGCUCUUGUUAAACCCACCUAUGCUACAAAGUGGCCUAUCCGGCAUGGCAUGGUGGAAGAUUGGGAUCUGAUGGAAAGGUUCAUGGAACACAUUAUUUUUAAGUACCUUCGAGCUGAACCAGAAGAUCACUAUUUUUUAAUGACUGAACCACCACUGAACACACCUGAAAACCGAGAAUAUCUUGCAGAGAUCAUGUUUGAAUCAUUUAACAUACCUGGACUUUAUAUUGCCGUGCAGGCCGUGCUCGCCUUAGCUGCAUCCUGGACUUCACGACAAGUUGGGAACCGUACCUUAACUGGCACAGUGGUUGACAGUGGUGAUGGGGUGACUCAUGUCAUUCCAGUGGCAGAAGGUUACGUGAUUGGUAGCUGCAUCAAGCACAUCCCCAUUGCAGGAAGAGACAUCACAUAUUUUAUUCAACAACUCCUAAGGGAAAGGGAGAUAGGAAUUCCUCCGGAGCAAUCCCUGGAAACAGCAAAAGCUAUAAAGGAAAAGUACUGUUAUAUUUGUCCUGACAUAGUAAAAGAAUUUGCAAAGUAUGAUGUUGAUCCCCACAAAUGGAUUAAGCAAUACACAGGAAUCAAUACCAUCAACAGAAACACAUUUACGAUAGAUGUUGGUUAUGAACGAUUCCUUGGGCCAGAGGUCUUCUUUCAUCCAGAGUUUGCCAAUCCAGAUUUUGUGGACUCUAUUUCGAAUGUUGUGGAUGAAGUUAUACAGAACUGUCCCAUUGAUGUUCGGCGUCCUUUGUAUAAGAAUGUGGUGCUUUCAGGAGGAUCUACGAUGUUCAGAGAUUUUGGUCGUCGCUUACAGAGAGAUUUGAAAAGAGAAGUAGAUGCUCGACUAAAAAUCAGCGAAGAACUCAGUGGGGGUCGAUUAAAGCCCAAACCUGUGGAAGUUCAAGUCAUCAGUCAUCACAUGCAGCGUUAUGCCGUCUGGUUUGGCGGGUCUAUGCUUGCGUCAACGCCAGAGUUCUUUGAAGUGUGUCACACCAAGAAAGCCUACGAGGAAUACGGUCCUGGCAUUUGCCGUCACAAUCCUGUUUUUGGAAUUAUGUCAUAAGGUUCAUGGUGCAGCAUCAUCUGCCGUGGGGUCUGAUGGUGAACCUUCUGCUGACGAGGAGGAGAGAGACUUGGUGCAAAAUGCAAAACUCAGUGUGGUAUGGAUGCUCGCUUGCCUAGAGUGUGCAUUAGAAUCAGGGAGUUCAAAGCAAUUGGACCGGCUAUAACUCAGUGGUGAGAAAUGACUUGACUGUUAAAUUAACUCUUUUCUGCAAGUUAGCUUCUAGUACACAACAUUCGCUUUGCUAAAAAGAGUGAAAAGCAUGAACUGUUCAGAUCACUUUUUCUCAACCUUAGUAAUUUUAAGAUGCGUGGACUACAACUUCCCAUGCUGGCUGGAGAGUUCUGGGAGUUGUAGUCCAGGCUUCUUAAAAGUUGCCAAGGUUGAGAAACACUAGCCUAGAUCAGGUGUGUCAAACUGGCAGCUUGCGGGCCUGAUGCGUCAUGCACAAGUCACACCUGUUCCAGCUCCACAAAUAGGGAAAAACAUGGCGAAAUGUCACCUGAUGGCAACGUGAUGCCACGAGUUUGACCCCCAUGGCCUAGAUGAACAGAGGUCCAGAUAAGAAGCCAAAAUGUGAUAUUGUUCCUUCGAAAUCCAACAUUGGUUCUAACCUUACAGUGCAGUGUUUCUAAACUUUGGCAACCUUAAGCUAGGUGGACUUCAACUCCCAGAAUUCUGUUGAAAUCCACCCAGCUUAAAAUUGCCACGGUCCAGAAACACUUAUAGUGAAUUUGGCCAUGAGAAAACUCAGCCAUUGUAAAAUUGGGGUCUUGUUUCAUUUAAAAAAAUACCCUACAUUUGCCAUAUAUGAAGGUUUUGAAAGUUUUACUCUCACGAUUAUGUGGUUUGUGGUUGUGGUUGGUUUUUCUGCAUAAAAGUACAGGUAUCAUACGCACAUAAUUUGUGGAAGUGAUCUGAGUGUCCAGGUAAGGCCCUUAAUACCAUGUUUCAAGCCACCCAGUGUUAUUUGAGAUCGAGAUGAGCAGCAUAUAAAUAUAAUAAACAAUGAAAUAAGUCUUCCUUGCCACUAGUACACAACCUAAGGACAUUCUUUGAGGAUGUCAUAUAUGUUUUUAAAAUGGCAAUGUUUAUAUUGGGCUGAACAUGUUCUGCUUCUGGAAUUAAUUUGUAAGAUUUAUUAUUGCUAUUUAUUUGAUUAUGGGGGGGUUAUUGUUUUAAAAAUGAGAAUUGAUUCCUCUUGGUGCAAUAAAACUAUUAAUGUGUUCACAAAGAG